AUGGCCCUCAAACGCCCCCAAUUCGCGCCAACGUUUACCUCUGCAAAGACCAACCCCACCAACUAUCUGCAGGCAUUUGGCGGGUUUACUAUGAUGCAAACAGUACACGCAAACCAAACAAGCUCGGUCAACCCAGCUGGGCCGUCGAUGGAAAGGCGCCAGCGAAGGGUGUUGGCACUGGUCGAGCAUAUGGCCCUUAUUGAUCAGCUCAUCAACAUCUUUGAACAAGGCGGUGGAACAUGUGACUUGCGCAAUGGUACCAAAGUCUUUCCGUGGACAACACUCCCCGCGCAACUAGCAGCAAAGCAACUUUACUUUACCGGAUGGCCAGAGUGCUGUCUGCCACGACCGUCCGGUAUCCACCGCAACGCCGUCGACCCCGCCUCUGACCCAAUGUGGUGGAGUGCAGAGCAGCGGGCAGCCAUGCGUGCACAAAUUGAUGCACGUCAAAUCAUACUCUGUCGACGUACGCCACAGCAGCCAGGCGAGGCGCCGUUCAUUUUUGAGUUUGUCGACAUUCAAGGAGCGGUCAGGCGCACCCUGGUUGGCUUCUCAACUAAAUGGUAUCACCGCAUGGGGCGCCCAGGCUCCGGCUCUUUGCUUUCAGCGAGCACCUCUCCAAUGGAUGGGGACAGUGCGCAACCAGAGUUUAUUCCCUCCACUUCCUUUCUUGACACGUAUUUCCACUCUCUCGGAUCACAUGAUGCACCCGUGUCUGCAUCCUCGCCUUCCCCCCCGGCGGUCAAGCAAGAGGGUGACGACGAGAUGGCGGUAGCAGAGUCUACGAGCACAGCAACCUCGAUACGUACCCUGCCACAACACUUGGAAUCGCGGCUUCGACGCCUCUUGGACGGCAUACCCAACAAAGUACUUGGAGGCAAGCGACGCCGUGCGUCCUCCUCUCACUCUUCUCGAGCGCACAGUCAUCGUGAUGGUGCCGGUGACGGAGAAAAGGAAAACACUAUACGAGAAUGGGCAAGAGCUGGGCAGAUGGAGGAAAGGCCCAUCAAAAGGAGGAGAGGAGAGCACCCAGGCUCGUCUUCCUCGUCUUCAUUAGAAGAAGCCAAUGUCAACUAUUCACCGGCCCCAUCACUGCACGUGUCGCCCUACCAUUUGCAACCCAGCGCCGAUCUUCAUGCGCUCAGCAGAGGGAGGGACCCGCUGUCAAGAAAGAAGAUUUCAACCCAACCGCGCAAAGCCAUUUCUGCGCGCAUCAUGCACGGCCCGUCUCCAACUCCAACUCCACCCUCUCUGUUCCUUCAUCAAGGAGAGUCACAUUCUAUGCCUUCACUUUCUCAUUCUACAUCUCUUUCACCCGCUCAUGCCCUCCCAUCUCAACCGACUCUCGCGCGGUCCAUUCACCAACGCCAUCAAAGGUUCAACAGUGGAUCAUCUCCUGCGGGAUACAUUCCACCACGCGAUCAUGGUGUCGACGUUUUGCCCAUCUCGCCAUUCUCCCCAGCGCAGACACACUCUCCUUUCUCACCGGUACCUUCUCAGGCCUCGUUUACCCCUGCCCUAUCGCAGUCUCCAUCAUUCCCAUCCCUCUUCCCAGAGGAUGCGAGUCGAUGA